AUGGUGACAAAGAAAAGGUCUAUGAGUUUUGAAGAAGGUGAUGGAUUGCAGCAUUGUAGCGCUAUCGCUACAAGGUCUCCUGUGCAGACGAAGAAAGAUCCUGGUGCCUUAACCAUUCUAUGUACUAUAGGGUUGUUACACUUUGCUAAGGCAUUGUGUGAUCUUAGUGCUAGUAUCAACCUCAUGCCACUGUCUAUUUAUAAGAAGUUGGGUCUAGCGGAUCAAAAGCCUACUACGAUGCAGUUACUUAUGGCCGAUCGAACCGUAAAAACACCCAUUGGUGUACUCCAUGAUGUGCUAGUAAAACUGGAGUCAUUCAUCUUUUCGGUGGAUUUUGUGAUUCUUGACUGUGAGGUGGAUUUGGAGAAGAGUGGUGAGCUCCCAACAAUAUGUGCUAUAACUUACAGAGUUGAGAGUAGAACAAAAGUGCAAAUUGAAGAGCGACUCGGUGUUAAGGCACUAGCAGCAGUUAUGAUGAAUUUCGAUAGUGAUAGUAUUGAAGAGUAG